UUCGUUUUUGUUUCUUCUCGUGUCGUAUUCCAUCGAUCUUAUUUUUUGGCCCAAAGAACUGAGAACUGUCAGGAAGAUAGGAAAUUGAUUGCUUCUUGAUAAGCUUAGCCAUGUCGAAAUUGUUCGAUUCGAUUGCAAUGAUAUUGACGCGGAAGUGCUGGAUUUUCUGCUAAAAAAUCUGUAUUCAAGAGGAAGAAUCAUCAGGGGAUUGGUUUCGAGAUGUUUGGAUUGGAUAGAUACAUGCAAAAGCUAUUACCUUUGACGACAAUACGUUCUUUUGGACCGGCGGGAGCUUCCAUUUCUUGCUCGUACAAUACAGAGAACGAUCCCCUCUUACCUUCUAUCCAACAGUUAACCGAUGCUCGUGUCAUCUAUAGUGUCUCUGCCGCAUUGGGUCAUAAUAAGGAAUCACAUCCCGAAUGCAGCGCCAGAGUUCCCGCAAUUGUUACUGCUCUUGAGAAGAGUGAGCUCACUCCAAAGUUCCGAAGCUCGGAGAUUCUUGAACUCAGAAACUUUAAGCCUGCAUCGAUAGAAGACAUUGCAAGUGUUCAUGAAAAGGCUUAUGUAUUAGGCCUGGAGAAGGCAAUGGAUCGGGUUUCAGAGAAGGGACUAGUUCUCAUUGAUGGUUCAGGGCCAACAUAUGCUACUCCUACGACAUUCCAAGAUUCGCUUAUUGCAGCAGGAGCAGGAAUCGCGUUAGUUGACUCAGUGAUCGCCGCAUCUAAGAUAAGCACGGAUCCUCCCACUGGUUUCGCUCUGGUAAGACCUCCGGGACACCAUGCAAUCCCAAAAGGUCCAAUGGGGUUUUGCGUGUUCGGAAAUGUGGCCAUUGCUGCUCGCCAUGCCCAACGGGUACACGGACUGAAGCGGAUUUUCAUUAUCGAUUUCGAUGUUCAUCACGGGAAUGGAACAAAUGAUGCAUUUUAUGAGGACCCUGAUAUAUUCUUUCUUUCAACUCAUCAGGAUGGAAGCUAUCCCGGGACAGGGAAAAUCGGCGACAUAGGCAAAGGAGACGGAGAAGGAGCCACUUUGAAUUUGCCUUUACCCGGAGGGUCAGGUGAUAUCGCCAUGAGAACUUUGUUCGAUGAUAUCAUCGUUCCAUGUGCUCAACGGUUCAAGCCAGAUAUGAUUCUCGUCUCCGCAGGGUACGACGCCCAUGUCCUGGAUCCAUUAGCAAAGCUGCAAUUCACGACAGGAACGUACUACGCGUUGGCGAAAAGCAUCAAACAGCUAGCCAAGGAACUGUGCGGAGGGCGCUGUGUGUUCUUCUUGGAAGGAGGCUACAACCUCCAAUCCCUUUCGCAAUCUGUUGCGGAUUCGUUCCGAGCAUUUCUCGGGGAGAAAAGCUUGGCCGCGGAAUUCGACAAUCCGGCUUACCUAUAUGAAGAACCGAUGACAAAGGUACAACAAGCAAUUCAGAGAGCAAAAAGUAUUCACUGCCUUUGACUAUGAUUUUCCCUUCAUGCUCUCAAUCUGUUUUUUUUUCUUUCUUUUUUGUGUAAUUCAUGAAAACCAUAUUCAGCUUUUACAUAACAUAUUUAGAGUUUGUUUUCCACAUUAUAAAACUGUUACCCAAACACAAAAACCGAUGAAACAGAAACACAAAGCAUUUGUUCA